AUGGUUGGUGCUCCCAUCUCCACCAUGGAUCCAUCCACCAGAUACGCACCCACUGCAACCGCAUACGCAACUCCAAGUGCUGCAGUUUCCACCGUUCAGCCGUACCAUUCUCCUUCAGCACCACCACCUUACUCCGCCAUGCCACAACAAGCAGCCGCCCCUUACCCUCCAGCUCCCUACCCCGGUGCACCCUACUCAACCGCCCCAUCCUACACUAAUGCAUCAUCCAUCUAUCCUACACCUCCUCUUGGUUUAUCUCCAUUCCCAUCAUACCCUCCUAAUUCAAAUCCUAUGGCAUCACUUGUACCAUCUUACCCUCCAAAUUCUGCUCCUACUGGAUCAAACCCUUUUCCGGCACAGUCUUCAUUCCCAACUUACCCUCCUAAUUCAUCUCCUUAUCCAAAUUACCCUCCUGCCACUGCAACAUAUCCGCCAUCUGCCGCCACAUAUCCACCACAGACAACAUACCCACCAUCAGCAUACCCAGCACCACAAGGUUAUCCUCCACAACAAACUGCAGCAGCACCAGCAGGGAUCUACCCACCACCACCAUCAAUUGGAGUGUAUCCACCACCACCAACACCAUACUAA